UCUCACGAAAGCAAAAAUAUAUUCAAAAAAAGGACGGAUAAAGCAUCUACGGAGACAGCAGUAUAUAUGUGUGUGUAUAUAUAUAGCACACGAGGAGCAGAGAUCUACUAAAAAAGAGAGAGGCCACUCCAGAAUCUCUUCAUACUACUUCGAUCCUCUGCAUUUCUCUCUUUCCAAGAAUCAAAACUUUCUGAGCAUAAUGGGAAGCACUGGUGACACCAACUAUGGGGCAUACACAUAUGAAAACCUUGACAGGGAACCCUACUGGCCGUCAGAAAAGCUCCGGAUUUCCAUUACAGGAGCUGGUGGAUUUAUUGCUUCUCACAUUGCCAGGCGUUUGAAGAGCGAGGGCCAUUAUAUUAUUGCUUCAGACUGGAAGAAAAACGAGCACAUGACUGAGGAUAUGUUCUGUCAUGAGUUCCAUCUCGUUGAUCUGAGGGUGAUGGAUAACUGUUUAAAAGUUACCAAAGGAGUCGACCACGUGUUCAAUCUUGCUGCAGAUAUGGGAGGGAUGGGCUUCAUUCAGUCUAACCAUUCUGUCAUUAUGUAUAACAAUACAAUGAUCAGCUUUAACAUGAUUGAGGCUGCAAGGAUUAAUGGUGUUAAGAGGUUUUUCUAUGCGUCCAGUGCUUGCAUCUACCCUGAAUUUAAGCAGCUGGAUACUAAUGUGAGCUUGAAGGAGUCUGACGCCUGGCCUGCCGAGCCUCAAGAUGCUUACGGGCUAGAGAAGCUGGCAACUGAAGAACUAUGUAAGCACUACAACAAAGACUUCGGGAUUGAGUGCCGCAUAGGGCGGUUCCACAACAUUUACGGUCCCUUUGGCACGUGGAAAGGUGGGAGGGAGAAAGCACCAGCUGCCUUCUGUAGGAAAGCCAUUACUUCUACUGAUAAGUUCGAAAUGUGGGGAGAUGGCUUGCAAACUCGGUCUUUUACCUUUAUUGAUGAAUGUGUCGAGGGUGUUCUGAGACUGACGAAAUCCGACUUCCGAGAGCCUGUGAACAUCGGAAGUGAUGAGAUGGUCAGCAUGAACGAGAUGGCCGAGAUCGUCCUGAGCUUCGAGAACAAGAAACUCCCUAUCCAUCACAUUCCAGGACCAGAAGGCGUGCGUGGUCGGAACUCAGACAACACUCUAAUCAAGGAAAAACUCGGUUGGGCCCCUUCUAUGAAACUGAAGGACGGAUUGAGAAUCACAUACUUCUGGAUCAAAGAACAAAUCGAGAAGGAGAAAGCUAAGGGGCUCGAUUUAUCUGCCUACGGCUCGUCAAAAGUUGUCGGAACGCAGGCGCCGGUUCAGCUUGGUUCUCUCAGAGCCGCCGACGGCAAAGAAUGAGGUAGUCAACUGAAAUAAAAAGGUUUGUUUUAGCACAUGAGCGUAUCUAUCUAUGUAUGCUCUGCUAAUAUACUGCUAGAGCCAAAUAUCUACUUCUGCGGGCUUUUUAGCUUAUUCGUAAAUGUCAUAACGAGGUUGUAUGUUGAGCGAAAGCCUCGUAUUCAUCAUGUAUCUUAUAGCUAAUCAGGAUGUUGGUUGCCAGAAUAAUUCUUUGUUGUCGAGAACAUACUGUCUAUCCUUGGCAAUAUAUCGAAUUCGAUUUGGCUCCUGUGUGGAACCUUUUAUUCUUACAA